UAGGAACUAUUGGGUGAGUGCGAGAAAUACCCAUAACACUGGUUUUUUUCUCAUAAUUUGCUCCCAAAACACUCUUGGGCAUGAUUCAUUCUCUUAGUAAGAAUCAAUGGUCUUUUUCUUUUCCCUUUUAUUGUUCACAGUUUCAAGAUUUUGAGAAAAAAUGAACAAGACCAACUUCGCCAGACUCUUUCAUUCCACUAAUCACUUGCAACGCAAAGCUCACACCUUUUGGGAAUCCAGAUGCAACGAUCACUCGAGAAGAUUCGGAAGACUUCGUGCCAAACAAACACUGCUCCGCGAUGUCAAUGCUUACGCGCAAUUCAUGUUUCAGAGUUGGAAAGAAGAUGUUGAUGAGGAUGAUUCUUCUCCCAGUCAAGGCUCGUCAUGGUUCAGAAAACACUCUGGAAGGCACAGGAAUGGCAAUCAAAGAGCAAAACAUCGAUUCAGAAGAGGUCAUGAAUUUUGCAAAGAUGAUUUUGAUGUUGAGACUGGUUUUCACUCUGCUUUUGGUGGCAAUAGAUCUUUCUAUUGGUCCUUUAUAAAUGAGGAAAAUCCUCAGAGGAGGUCAGGAGGUUUUUAUAAUAACAGGAAAUCUCAGAAGUGGAGACAUCAAAGUGAAAAUGAAUAUGGCAAAUCAACCAAAGCAGAGUCAGAUUGUUCACAUUCAGAUUUAGUUUCAUAUAGAUUAGCCCUUGGAUUGAGUGCUUCUGGCCCUCUGAGACUUGAAGAUGUGAAAAAUGCGUACCGGAUAUCUGCUUUAAAGUGGCAUCCAGAUCGUCAUCAUGGCGUUUCUAAGGUUAUAGCAGAGGAAAAGUUCAAGCAUUGCAGUGCUGCUUAUCAAUCUUUGUGUGAUAAACUGACCUUGUAUUAGGGAGUAAUUACUUGUUUACUCUUUUUUCAUUCAAAGAGGGAGAAGUCAAACUGUAAUAUCAAACAGUUUACAAUAACUUGUACACAUUGUUCAACCAACUAAGCUAAACUCUUUUGCUACACUACACCCUUGUCGAUCUUACCAAUGAAUAAAUGCUCAUAUCACCAAUUUAGCACUA